AAUCAUCAAUUCAUCAUAAACAGGUUUGAUACAUGUCCCAAGAAGAUGGAGUCCAAGUGGUCUCAUCAUGCGCUCACCGACUGAUGAUUGUUACUCAUCAUCCUCAUAAAAUUGUGCACCUCCUUUUUGGUUUCAUCAACUAUCAUUACUAUUCAUACCCAGAUUCAUAACAAAUUUCCCCAAAUACAACCCACACCAGAGCUCAGAAAUACAUAGCAGUGUGACUCACACCCCAUAUUUGCAGGGGCAGUAAGACACGUGGCGAUAGAAGCGUAAACGCACACCCUCCCAAAAAGUGAGAAAGCCUUUUCUUACCGAACCCUCAAAUGUCUCUCCCUUUUGUUUGUUCUCUUCUCACCCCUCUGAGCCUUGUAUAGAUGUAUAUACACACCGGAGCUCCAUUUCCUUCUCUUACAAGCUUAGAUUAGAGAACCCAUUUCAGUUUUGCCUGCAAUAAAAAAAUAAAAACACUAAAUUCAACACGAUGUGGAUGAUGGGUUUCAGCAUCCAGGGCAUUUUGGAUUUGGUGGUGGCAGGUGUUUCUCUCAUGAUUGGUCUGAGCGUCUUCGCUUUCAUUGCCUCUGUUCUCUGCUCUGCUGCUUUCUUGUACAGCGCCAGGGGUGCAUCUUGAUCCAUUUCCCUCAAGGACUGACAUGGUUUGGCAAUAAGCUGUGGAUUCCACUCUAGUUUUGAAGAUGGGCUUUGUUCAUGUUGUAUCACUGUAUCCAUAAAAUUUCAUACAUUUACCACUCGAAAAGGGUAUCAAGUAAUUUUCUUGGAUCCAAUAAAACUCACCCCUUGUUAGAUAUGAUAAACAAGCAAUCAUCUUUACAUUCGAAAA